UAUAAUCCUCUCGACACAUUGAAUGCCGAUGGCGUAUUGCAGCAAACUGCAUUGCUUGGACAUGUUCUUCACUCAAAACUUGCGCACGCGCAAACCGCCUUUGCUGCAAUGAAUUCAAACGAUCGAUUUCCGUCAGCAGACAAGUAUUUGAGCUGUGCAAACGUGAGCAGUGCCACUUUUAGCCGCACCCUCAUUCUUAUAGAUUUCGUAGAAACAACGCGCGCGUCUUGAAGAGUUAUAUUUGAGGUUUCUAAUUGAGUUGAGAAUGGGAAGUAAGGGAGAAACCUUUCAUGGAGCGCUGAACACCCUUCUGGAGACAAGUUCAGCCCACGGGCUGCCCAACAUCCAUCGGUCGAAGAGUCAGAUCGGCAAGGCAGCCUGGACCCUACUCUUUUUCGGCGGUGUCACCCUUCUCAUCAUCCAGGUAUGCAUUCUCUUCUCGACCUUUCUGGAGUUCGGUUACUCGGUCAGCCUGGAUGUUCGUUUCGACCGCUCUCUGGACUUCCCUGCAGUGACUGUCUGCAACAUCAACCCGGUCCGUCACUCCAAGCUGGAGAUGGCAAGCGAUGGGUUCAGGGAGCUCUUCGACGUGAACUACAUGCCUCCCCAGUCCUCCUUCCAAGGUAACACAUGGCAGGGAAUUCCAUCUGGCCAGGCAGAUGCCUCGAAGAGUCCCGCAUCCGGAAUCGGAGGGACCGCGCAACAAGCGGGCCAACAGCCGACAACACCUGCAGCAGCCGGUGCAGGCAUGGGCGCCGGGCCUGGGGCACCCACCGCUGCACCUGCUCCGCCAACAGAUGUACCCACGCAUGGAAUGACAACGAUGGCUGACAACGGAGGUCUGACCUCAACUUCAAGUGGGAGUAACGCGACAACGGAGGAGGGAAUCGUUGGCUGGGACGCGCGAGAGGCAGGUAACUUCUUCAUGAAGCAAGACCACGAUUACCUGAAGGAGCAGCGACUCAUCUCCCACCUUGCCAACCUGACCGAUGACGAGCGUAAGGACAUGGGUCACUCCCUGAGGUCAAUGCUGCUGGAAUGCCAGUGGAAAGGUUACCCCUGCUCCCCACGAAAUUUUACAUCAUUCUACCACUACAAGUUUGGCAACUGCUACACGUUCAACUCAUUCCAGUUUGGAGAUUCGCUGAAGACGAACCGACCGGGCCCUUUGUAUGGCCUGACAAUGGAGCUUUUCCUUGAGCAAGACGAGUAUAUGCCCGAGAUCACCGAGGCAGCGGGCUUCAGGCUGGUGGUCCACGACCGUGACGUCAUGCCCUUCCCAGAGGACGAUGGCAUCUCCGUCGCGCCGGGCUCGAAGACCGCCAUCAACGUCCGCGUCGUGACUAUUGAACGUCUGGGUGAUCCGUAUGGUAAUUGUACGCAGGAGGUAACAGACAAGGGUAAUAUCUUCAGAGACCGCUACGGAGUCGAGUACAGCCUAAAGGCUUGUGAGCGUAGCUGUUACCAGAAGAAAGUGAUUAAAGAGUGCGAAUGUUUCGAUCCUCAUUACCCGAAUACCCUCAACGGCACCACCCACCCUUGCGAUAUCGAUGAUGACGCAGCUCAGGCUUGCAUGUCGUCUUUGGAGGAGAAAUACAAGGAAGGCACGUUGAACUGCAACUGUUUCCAGCGGUGCAACGAGACCACGUACCUAACUGCAGCGAGUUCAUCUCUCUGGCCCUCGGAUCAAUUUCAGGACAAGUUGUUUCGUGAUAUCAACGAUCGUAACAAUGACGUUAGAGAGAUGCUGCGGCAAGCAUCGCCCCGAGAUUGGGUCUUAAAGAACGUCGCUAAGGUUGAGGUGUACUUCCAGGAGUUCAACUUUCAGUACAUCAAACAGUCGCCGGCCUACCUGUUUGUUAAUUUGGUCAGUGACAUCGGCGGGCUGCUAGGGCUGUGGCUAGGCCUGUCUCUUCUGACCGUCUUCGAGUUAUUCGAGCACUGCGGCACGUUCCUUGCACUCCUCGCCAGCCGGCUGUACAACGGACUCCGCGGCAACAACAGGCGCAGCUCCAAGGUGCAGAAUGUCAAGAUCUUUCCCGAAGAGGACCCGGGUGUUUCUUUGCAGAAUUACUAAGUUAUCAGCCUUUUGACAAGGCCAUCGUGAUUUUUUUAUUUCAAAACCGAGCGGCGAUGCCUCGGGGCAAAUAGAGCGGAGACUAAACAAUGUAUGCCGAGCAU